CCAAUGAACACAUUAAUUAUAUCUAUUUUUAGUUAAAAAUUUCAGAGUGUUUGGUAAACAGGGACAAAUUUAAACUCCGUAAUAAAAAGUUAUAAUCGGACCUUAUUCUUCUAGUGUUAAGCAGACAUCGUAAUUUUAAAUUUAAUUGAAAAAUGAAAUUUCUUCUCUUUAUACUCGUUAUCAUUGGUAACUUGAAUGUGUAUCUUGCCAACAAUGAUAAUUGUGGAGUAAAUGAUCUGAAUGCGUUAAUGGUACGUCUGCUACAACUUCGAACAGAAUUUAACAACUUUAAAAUCCAGCAUGAUGAACAGAUAGCAGUUCUCAAGGAAGAGAUCAAUAAUAAAUCUUUAGAAAUAAAACUCAUCAACGAAGAAAACAGAAAACAAGAAACAGAACUUGAAGAACUAAGACAAGAUGUCAACAAUAAAUCUUUAGAAAUAGCGGCAAUAUCUAAAGAUAUAGAAAUGAUCAAAGAUAUAGACGAUUGCAGUCCAAACCAAUGUCAGAACGGGGCAACGUGUGUUGAUGGAGUUACUUCUUACACAUGUUUAUGUGUAGCUGGAUACAACGGAACUUUAUGUGAAAUAGAUAUUGACGAGUGCACUCCUGAUCCAUGUCAGAACGGGGCAACAUGUACAGACGGCGUUGACUCUUAUACGUGCACGUGUGUCAACGGAUAUGUAGGAACUUAUAAUUGUGAGACAGAAAAUUGCCCAGCCAAUUGGUACUUAUUCCAAGGAAGCUGCUAUUUCAGAAGCACAAAAGCUCUUGAAUGGCUUAAAGCUGAAGAAGACUGUAUCGCUUUGGGGGGACACCUGGUAGAGAUCACAAGUGAGGAAGAGAACAACUUCACAAAGUCAAUUCUAAGCGGUGGAAGCAGAUUUUGGAUUGGAUUGAAUGAUAUCAAAACUGAAGGAGACUUUGUCUGGGUAUCAAGUGGAAAUACGGCGUCUGGUGUGUACACGAAAUGGGCGCCCACAGAGCCAAAUGACACGUUAGGUAAUGAGGAUUGUGUGGAGCUAUAUAGCACAGGAGAUUGGAAAGACAGGGAUUGCUCAGAAGCCUGGCACUACAUUUGUGAAAAGGCAAGCAUGUCUGCCUGAUUAACGGCAUCAUUUACGGACUCUAGAAUAACGACAGAUCCUGGUGUCAACUAAAACAUGAUACGUCUAUUCAUUAAAUAAAUAACAAACUUACAAUGACAAUACUGAAAGAAUGGGCAAUACUACCGAUCAUGACAGUGGCUCGCUAUCAAUUUUGGCACAACUGGCAACAAACGAGGAAGUGAUACUAUGUCAAAGUUAAUGUCAAAGUGAAGGUCUUAUUAAAGGUUCUUCUAGUUAUCAAUUCCGGACAAUGACUGGUACUCUCAUUGAACUCUUCUAGCUUCAGAGUCAUAAAGAUCUUUACUUAAAUGAUAGUCUUCUACAAAGUUGUUCAGUCGAGUAAACUUAAUGACUUUGAAUUUCAUGGGGGAUUAUUCUUCACCAAACAUUACAAGAUAGGGGGGGAUUUUUAAACUAGUGGGAUGUCUUUAAAACACAUUUUAAUCAACCAAUAUUUACAAACACAAUCAUUUCUAAAUCAUUUGAAAAUAAAAUUUGUUUUCUUAUUUUUCUUUUAUUUUUUUUAUCAGCACUCAUGUGUUAUGUAUAUAGGCUUUAUUUUAAAUGUCUUGAGUAUCUAUUUCCUGAAUGGCUCAGUACGUAGAGCGCAGGUAAUCCCGAUGUCGUGGGUUCGAUAACUACUCAUGCCACUGUCAUCUUUUAAUAAUUUUGUUUAUUUGAUGUUUAUAUAAUUUUUCAUGUUUAUUCAUCUUCUUUCAAGAAAGUUCUUUUCAUGUUCAUUCUGGAAUAUUCAUUCUCUAUGUAGUUUAGUAUUCUAGAUUGUUCAAUGAUAGUAUAUAUAUUAUGAAUGUUUGAACUUCGAGGUGUGUGUGCUAAUUUGUGAUAUUGUGUGAUGUUGAUAUACUGAUUGUGUGCUAUUGUACUGCUUACAUAGUAAUAUAUAUGUUUGGAUUCUGUAAUUCCGUGUGGGAAGUAAUUUGGACAUAUUCUGAUAUUCUGCUAUGGACAUUGGACAUUGAUUAAAUUUGAGUUGUAGACAAUUGAAUUUCGAACUGUGAGUUAAACUUAAGGACAUUUGUUAAAUUUGAAUCUUGGAUAAUUGUGAGAUAAACUUUACUUUCAUUCUUUUUGUAUUAUUGUAAAUUACUGUUUUUCUUUAAUUAAAAAUUGUAAAAUUUGUUGCUGCAUUAUCUUCUCUGUUGCGUUAAGCUUGUAACACAUGACAUUUAUCUUCAUUUUCUUAAAGAUAUAUUAAAGCAGCCUUCAGCUUUUCUAAAGGUUGAAUAUGUUAUUUUUAGAUAAACAGUUUCAUAUAAUUGACAAAUUAAAAUAAUUGAGGUGAAAAAUGAAAUUUGCAGAUUAUAAAAUAUGCAAACAAUAAUCAAAUAUAAAUAUAAUUACGCUUCAAACCCAAAAAUGAAAAUAUAUAGAAUUUAUUUCAGAAAUUCAUGCUGGGAUUUUUAACAAUGGCAUUUUAGCGUGAUUUGAGUACAUAAGAUUAUUUUAAUAUUUCUGCUAUUUAUUUGCCUGAGUAUCCCUUUAAUAGAUAAAAUUACUGACAUACUUUGCAAGAAACAACAUAGAAUUUUUUUCCCUACAGAAAAUAAAAGCUAAAGGCCGCUUAAAGUUCAAAAUUUACCAUUACAAAUGUUUGUUAAUAUCUUAUGCUAAAUUAAUUCUUAAUAAUCAUUUUAAUCCCAAUUUUCUCCAUCAAAAUCUUUAUUUCAUUCUAAUAUAUCCAUCGUCGGAUACCCACGAUUGAUAAACAUGUCACAUAACAUGCAUUCAAUAAUAAAAUGAUAAAUGUUAAUGGUUCGGCCGUGGGUAUCUGACGAUGAAUAUAUCAUCCUUUGUAUGAACAUGUAUUUUAAAUAUUUCCAUGUAUUAAUCAGAUAUGUUCACAAUAAAAUAUUAUU